AUGGCGGAUCCUUUAAGCAUUACUGCCUCAGUGCUGGCUGUUAUUACAGCUGCCGUUCAGUCUACAAAGUCGCUCUAUGAAACCGUCAAACGCUUCAAAGAUCGCAAUAAAACUUUACGUAGGCUUCAAGUUGAGCUUGAGGACCUCACCAAUAUUUUGGACUCCUUGACGCAAGCUGUCAAUGCUGAGUCGUCAAUGUUGGCGCUUCUUCAAGGCCCUAUUGGUCGAUGCAGUCAAAUAUGCCACGAGUUCGAGCAAUCGAUGAAAGUUUUCAACGGAAAAUCAAAGACAGGCUUUCGAGAUUGGACAAAGAUGGAAUUUAUGAAAGGCGAUAUCAAUGAAUUUAUAGACACUAUCGCAGGAUACAAGUCAACGAUCUCAGUCGGUCUAGGCACUAUUACUAUGCUAGUCGCAAUUCCUUGUCUACUUCAGACGCGUCGUCUCCUACCAGAGAUGAUCAAAGCUCUUUGUAAACAGCUUAUAGAAAUCUCUUUUUACAUCUUGAUAAGAUGGCACCUUUCCAAUUAG